GACCGGAGGGAGACCCACCAGAGGCCUUGCGUGCGACCGGAUCCUGCCCUCCCCGCCUCCCCCGGCGCCAUGGUGACAGAGGAGGAGGUGGAGGCCUUCGGCCGGACGCUGGUGGACGCGGCCCAGCCGCUGCCCGCCCGGUUUCGGGCCCUCUUCACCCUGCGCAACCUGGGCGGCCGCGCGGCUGUGGACUGGAUCAGCCGGGCCUUCGGGGAUGGCUCCGCGCUGCUGAAGCACGAGCUGGCCUACUGCCUGGGCCAGAUGCAGGACGAAGCGGCCAUCCCCGUGCUCAUCCGGGUGCUGGAGGACACCGGCCAGGAGCCCAUGGUCAGGCACGAGGCAGGUGAAGCCCUGGGUGCUAUCGGGAAUCCCGAUGUGCUGGAUAUCCUGAAACGCUAUUCAGAGGAUCCCGUGGUUGAGGUGGCGGAGACGUGUCAGCUGGCAGUGAGGAGGCUGGAGUGGCUGCAGGAGAACAAGCAGGAGCCUGCUGCCAGCCCCUACCUCUCUGUGGAUCCUGUUCCCCCUGCCGAGGAGACGGACGUCGCCAAACUCCGCGAAACCCUCCUGGAUGAGUCAUGCACGCUGUUUGACCGCUACAGGGCUAUGUUUGCCCUGCGAAACCUGGGGGGCCAGACUGCCGUGCUGGCGCUGGCAGACGGACUGUGCUCCGGCAGUGCCCUCUUCCGCCACGAGAUCGGCUACGUGCUGGGCCAGAUGCAGGAUGAGGCCUGCGUCCCGCAGCUGACAGCCGCACUGCGCAGCCGCACCGAGAGCCCCAUGGUGCGCCACGAGUGUGCCGAGGCCUUGGGCUCCAUCGCCCACCCCUCCUGCCUGGAGACCCUGCGCGCCUUCGCCUGUGACGAGGAGCGGGUGGUGCGGGAGAGCUGUGAGGUGGCGCUGGACAUGUACGAGUACGAGAAUGGCACCCAGUUCCAGUACGCCGACGGGCUCUGCAAGCUGCAGCUCUCCGCCUGAGUCCCGGCUGGGGGGGCACGGGCUGGGCGCGCCGCCUUCCCCCCCCCCCCCCCCCCCCCCGCACUUUCACGGAUGCCUCCGUCGACAUGGAUCCGUGCCUUGCCGCGGCGGAGGUGGAGGAGGAACUGGAUUUGCUCUCUGGCACAAUUACAGCCGCCUUCUCCCUCCAAAUCCAGGCUGAGCUGCUACUUGCCCCCCGCCCCCGCCCCCCCCGUUUCCCGGAUCUG